GCGUCUUAGUGCCUCCGUUCUUUGUGCCUGGCUGAGACUCACCAGUGGGAAAUAUGAGUCGGAGAAUAAAGUCAACAUACAGACCUAAAGAAAGAGUUUAUGAUCAAGGCUAUCCCAGGGCACUUGGGCCUGUGGUUUUCCAGCAGCCCGGUGAUAAGCAACCUGAACAAGAGGAGCCACUAACUGAAAGUCAGGACUUUACGCCUGAUCAAGAGAUGCAGGAUGAAGGAGCAUCUUCCGUUCAAGUGGGAAAUAUGAGUCGGAGAAUAAAGUCAACAUACAGACCUAAAGAAAGAGUUUAUGAUCAAGGCUAUCCCAGGGCACUUGGGCCUGUGGUUUUCCAGCAGCCCGGUGAUAAGCAACCUGAACAAGAGGAGCCACUAACUGAAAGUCAGGACUUUACGCCUGAUCAAGAGAUGCAGGAUGAAGGAGCAUCUUCAGUUCAAGUGCAAGGGUCUGCCCUGGAAGCUAAUCAACAGGAACUGGCUCAGCCAAAGACUGGGUGUGGGUGUGGAGAUGGUUCUGAUGUCAAGGGGAAGAGACUGCCAAAUCCAGAGCCCAUUAAAGAGCCAGAAGCAGGUAUGUUAUCUAUUACGCAUGCAAAUUAUAGGGUGUCAGUUUUCCACAAUAUUACAUUUUUAAUAAUAUAA